AUGUUAGCCGUCCCAAUCUCUCUCCUCUCGACCAGGAUACACUUGAGAGGUGUCAUAGUCAAGGAAGAGCCGACAACUUGUUGUGAGCUGUCUUCCCCACACUUGCUUGGAACGGCGGGAUGGCUUUUUGACAACUCAUUAGGGUCAGAAAGGCUAGUUAACCACAAGUCAACUCAACAAGUUUUGCAAAUAAUCCUUUCCCAUCUGAUCGUCUGCUUUCCUCCUCCAAUUAGCUACGCGUUCCUGUUUGCCCCACCAGGAAGGGUUAAAGUACACCCAUUUUUGCCUACUUGUGUGUGGACAGGGCUUCAAGCUGGAGCGCGUUUGCUCGUUCUUCAUAUUGCCGCUUCCGUAGGGGAUGCCUUUUAUCGCCAAGGCGCUUUAUAUGAUUGA